GCUGUCCUGGGAACUUAAGGUGCGUGUGUGUGUUUGUGUGUGUGAGAGAGAAGGCUCCCAGUGGGUGUGCUGGGCUGGAGUGCCAGAGAAGAGGAAGGGUCUGACGUAACCCUGCCAAAAACAGCUGCGAGUCGGAGGAGGGCGUUACAUUAGUGUGCAUGCGAGGGGCAAGAGACUGUCAGAGGGAGGACACCCGAGAGACGCCGAGAGGGACACUUUGGCAUUGGGAGAGAAUGUGUGGAAAAGAAGGUAGGAGAGACAUGAUUCUGUGUAGGAACUGGAUGCUGAGACGUUGAGGAACAAGGAGCAACCUGGACCGGAGGUUAAGGAGAGCAGGGGCGAAGAAAGUGUGAGAGGAGAAGAAAAGGAGAUCUCAGGAAGAAUAAAGCAGAAGGAUAAUGGGGUGUAUCUUCAGCAAGCAGCAGUGGGAUAAAGAGACAAGUUCUCAACCCUCGGACCCCCCAAAAACACGAGACCAUGCAGAGGAUGCAGAGAUUCUCAGUUUGACAGAGUUGGAGAAAAUGGGUUCACACUGCUUUAAGGAGAGGAACUUCAAGAAGAAACACCACUGUGCUGUUUGCAGACAAACACUCGACAGUCUCGGCAUGUAUUGCAGAGAAUGUAAAACUGCAGUGCAUAAGAAAUGUGAGGAAAAGGUCUCUGUCCCCUGUGAAGUAGUUUCAGAUCCUCCACCAUUACAAAACCAGAUGAACGUCCCUCAAAGUAAAGCCAGCAUGGAGACCGUCAUGGAGAAACUGAUGGGCAGUCAUUAUGAUUUCGACUUGACCUACAUCACUGAGCGAAUCAUCUCUGUCCUGUAUCGGUCUGACCUGGACGAACAGCGUUACAGUGCUAACCUGAAAGAAGUGGCGUCCAUGUUAAAAUCUAAACAUCAAGACAAAUUUUUGCUUAUAAAUCUGUCAGAGAAACGCCAUGACAUCUGCAGGCUAAACCCAAAGGUGGAGGAGUUUGGGUGGCCUGAUUUGCAUGCCCCGCCCCUCGAUAAAAUAUGUGCCGUAUGCAAGACUAUGGAGAACUGGCUUAACUCUGACCCCAACAAUGUGGUUGUACUGCACUGCAAGGGAAACAAAGGGAAAACAGGGGUGAUCGUGGCAGCUUACAUGCACUAUAGCAAGAUAUCAGCUGGGGCAGAUCAGGCUCUCUCAACAGUUGCUAUGACGAAAUUUUGUGAGGAUAAAAUCUCUUCCUUUAUCCUGCCAUCUCAGAACAGGUAUAUAUAUUAUUUUGCCGGUCUCCUCUCGGGCUCAAUAAAGAUGAACAGCUCACCUCUGUUCCUGCAUCAGAUUCAUGUUCCAGUUUCACCCAACUACCAGUCAGGAGGAGGUUAUGCUCCCUUUCUGAAGAUCUAUCAGUCGCUGCAGCUGGUGUAUUCUUCAGGCAAAUAUGAUAUUCAGGGCCCUAACAGUAAGACGCUGUGUGUAAAUAUUGAACCAGCUCUGCUGUUGAAGGGAGACAUCCUGGUGAAGUGUUACCACCGCCUCUCAGAUGUGUGCAAAAGAGAAUGUGUGUUCAGAGUCCAGUUUCACACCUGUAGUGUUCAUGGAUCUCAGCUAGCGUUUGGCAAAGAAGAGCUGGACCAUGCUUGCGCAGAUGAUCGGUUUCCUUCAGAUGCCACAGUGGAGUUGCUGUUUUCGUCUGGCCCUCAAAGGAGAGGUGGAGAUGUGCCAGGGAAUGAGCCAGGAGUAUCUGCGAAUUAUGGCAGCACAGAUCCUGUUGUCCGCUGGGACUCAUAUGAGAACUUCAACCUUCACCAUGAGGACAGUGUUGAGGAUAUCAGUCACACACGUGGGCCUUUAGACGGCAGCUUGUAUGCUCAAGUGAAAAAGCGCCGAGCACAGGGCUCCAGUCCCAGCAGAUGCCCGACCUCCAUCAAACCCUCCACACACUCACCCACUCAUUCCUCCUCUACUUCUCCAAUCCAUCUCUCCAUCCAGCCUCUCUCGCUCAGCAAAGACACAAGUCGCUCCUCCGCACCCCCUGUAUCCCUCACUCCACUUCCCAGAGAAAAAAGAGAGAAAGAUGAAGACAGGGAAAGACACAGAGAAACUGCGAUACUUGAUGAUGGCGAAUGCUCUCCGCUCAGACCUGAUCGGCCUGUUCAGUCUUGCUAUAGUCACCCGUUUUCGCACACCCAUUCAUACUGUGGCCCAGAUUUGACCAGCCCACAUGCGAUUGCAGUUCAACCCAAACAUCGCACGCUUCCCUGCAACCGCACCACCCCAUUGUCAGUCCGGGAUCUUUGUGUAUCCCAGCCAGAUCUUUUAUGGGAAAGAGGGCGCUGUUUGCACCAUCCCUGCCCAGAAACCAUCAGGCACCUCUAUUCGUAUCCUCCUCAAGAAACACACACUCAUUCGCCAAUCCCACAGACUUCCCAUUCCCACACACUUCCUCCACAAACACGUGCGUAUUUCUCUGGGGAGGCGUGUCCUUUGUUUCAUUGCCCCGCCCUUCCUCAGGGCCACGCCCACAUCCCUCCUUCUCUGUCCCCUAAUCAAUCACUACUCAACAGUCCUUACCGAGAAUUACGAUACAGCACGACUUCACCAACUUCAUGCUCUUGUAGGGAUUGUUUGCGAUUACGAGAGGACGUCGCCCUUCAUUCUUUACGAGGAAGGGAAUUAGAAACCCUUCCUUGGUCUAGAGAGGCGGAGUUUGGGAUCCGAAGGGAGGGGCCUGUGCAUUGGAGGGAUGGGAGGGCGGAGUCUCAUUGGGAUGGAGUUCAAGAAGCCGAAUACUGGCGUCGCAAAAUAGCCAUGUCGCCAGUGAUGCUAUCAUAUGGUCACUGUCAAGCUGUCCCAAAAGAGCAAGCAGUAUAUGUCACAGACCCCCAACCUGAACAUGGACUCAGUCCAUUUCCCAGCCCCCAAAGCAGCGGCUACCACAGCCCUCAUCCACCCUGUCCCUGCUCUCCACAGCCGUUUAGAGACAGUCCAGGUUACGCCUCCAUCAGUCAUUCCCCAAACUCUUCCCCUACUGCUCUCACACCAUCUCCAAAACGAGCCAAUCACAGUAGAGUCUCGGCUGAGGAGAACCAGCAUGGCCUUAAUGAGGGAUGCAUUAAGAUUUUAUCGGAUGAUAGGAGUCCUGCAACCUUUUCUCCACCUACCCAGAACAGUGGCCCAGUGGAAGCAGGUGAAAUUGUGCAAAUCAAAUUCCCAGAAGACGUGAAACUCCCCAUAUCUCUCAUUACCAAUAUCUCCGCUGCCAGUGGAGCAGAAGAUAAAACAACCAUCACUGAUUGUACAUCUAACAGUCUCUUAAUUAAUAACCAACCAUCGUCAAAGAAGAUGGAGUCAGUGCAGGUCCAAACGCUCAAUCCCAGACCUCUCAGUGUCCCAGAAUUGGAGCAGGAUAAAGGAGACCGUCCUGGCUCAUGCCACACCUCAACUACAACCUCAACAAGUCCUCAACCUCCUCUUUCCUCCUCAGAAAGAAGCUCUGUGUCAGAAUUUUCAUCAUUUAACAUAAAUAGUGAAAGACAAAGCAUGACACCCUUGACUGACUGCAAUGAGGAAAGCAGCAGUGACCCUGAUGGCUUCAUCACACCCUCAUUCCCUAUAGCGUCACACAGCUAUCCUCUUCUGACGGUGCCUCAUGUCCCCUACACAGGCUACACUGAGAUCACUAUCCCGACCAAUUUAGCCCAACCUCCUCUUCCAGAAAAACAGCGCUCAUCGCCUCUACACAACACAUCUGAGUACACUCCCACUUCCUCAAUUAAAUCAGCUGGAAAACCUUCGGUUUCAUCUGCACAGGUCCAUGUAUCUUUCUCCACCACCACAAAUGAAGUGCCUCCCAAAUCUACAUGCAGAAUACCUCCCUCUAGUGGUGUGGAGGAGCCCGAGAGCCGCCUCAGCUCCAAGUUUGUCCAGGACAGCUCCAAAUACUGGUACAAACCUGGCAUCUCCCGGGACCAGGCGAUUGCAGUAUUGAAGGAUAAGGAGGCAGGCUGCUUCCUCAUCAGGGAUAGUAAUUCAUUCCAGGGCGCGUAUGGAUUGGCACUGAAAGUGAGCACAGCUCCAGCCCACACCAAUUCCCACACAGAGCCGGGCAGCGCACAGGAACAGCUGGUCAGACACUUCCUGAUCGAGAGCGGCGCUAAAGGAGUCAAGAUCAAGGGCUGCCAAAAUGAAACAUAUUUCGGCUCUCUGUCUGCUUUGGUGUAUCAACACUCCAUUACUCCUGUGUCUCUUCCUUGUGUCCUGCGUAUUCCAGAUCGAGAUCUUGUUGGUGAAUUGCAGGAGUUGCAAAGUGGAACAAAUACCAGCACAGCAGCAGACCUGUUGAAACAGGGGGCAGCUUGUAACGUUCUCUACCUGAACUCAGUGGAAACAGAGUCUCUGACGGGCCCGCAGGCCGUCUCAAAAACAACCAAGUGCACUUUGACCCAGGAGCCUCGUCCUUCACCAACAGUCGUCCACUUCAAAGUGUCCACUCAGGGCAUCACCCUCACUGAUAACCAGCGCAGACUGUUUUUCAGGCGACAUUACCCAAUUCAUAGUGUGACGUUCAGCAGUGUGGAUCCGCUGGAUCAAAGGUGGGUUGAUGCUGAUAACACUUCCUGCAAGAUGUUUGGAUUUGUUGCGCGGCGCAGUGGUGCUUUGGGAAACGUGUGUCACCUGUUUGCAGAGCUCGACCCAGAGCAACCCGCCACAGCCAUCGUGAACUUCAUCAAUAAAGUCAUGCUGGGACCUCAACAGCUGCGAAAAUGAACACAGUAUUGAGGAAAACAAAACCGGGGAUAACAAAACAAGGACAAAAUGGUAUGAAAUAGAUGCUGGCAGUGUUAUUUAUAUUUAUAUAGAGAGGUUUUGUAAUUAAGACACACACAAAACUCAAUAUUCAAGCUUCCUUUUGUUCUGCCACAUUCAUAUCUGGUGAAAAUCAGUCAUUUAAGGGCAAGUCCUUUUCGAUUUUAUUACAUAGACGUUAAUUAAAUGAGAACAAUAACAACUGGACAUUUUUUUUCUGGUAAAUGGAAAUAAAUAAAUAAAUAAAUUAUAGAGUGAAAUUUUUGACAAUCCAACCUAUGUUGGGUUGAAAAAUGGGCUUUUUAAUCAUAGCACUCAUGAUGCUGAAGCUGUGCGACUGUCAUUGUGUUAUGUUUUUAUUUUCAUUCAAUUUGAUUUGAUGUCCUUGUGCGUUUGUUUUUUAGUUUUGAUUGUGUGUUUUGUAUUCAAAAUGGCCUUCACAAGCCACGAAAUUCAUAUUUUUAGUGACCGAGGCAUUUUUAAAUUCCUACUUAUUUGGCAUUUUAAUAAAAAUGCGGAGAAAAUAUGACGAACAUAAAUGCCUUAGACUCUCCUUUUUCAUAUACAGUAUCUGAUGUCCAGUUAUUUAAUAAACGUUUGCAGUUAU